CAAAGAGUCUUUGCACCGGCUGAGACUGGAAGAUAUCAGAUUCCGUUCACAGCCAAACAUCUUGGACGGGAAGAGACCAUUCGGUAGCGAUAGAUGCUUCUUCUCCGUGCUGUCCCUCUCCUACUCCUUGCUGGGCAGGAGACACUGCUGGCCAGUCAGCGCCCGGGAGGGGAGUCUCCGACACUGAAUCGAACGUUGCAACAUUUCCGAAUGUUGUAACAUUUCACCGAGUCGAUACAUUUCACCAGCGCGGGAAUUAAAGGGGCCGCGACCCCGAACUUUUGCCUCAUUCACCUCAAAGGGAAACCCACCAUGGCGGUGUCUCCUUACUUUGCACCGGGGGUAUUGACUCGGAGCAUGGGCCGGGGGCCCAGCUGGCCCGGCAGAGGUAAGGACCGCGGCUUCAGGUUGGGAAGGAACCUCAACAGGUUAGCUCAACCGGGACCAGACAAUUGCCGGGACUAUGAGACAGAUGGGACCGCCGCAGAGAGCCAGGUGACGCAGUCUGUCCUCAAAUGUAAGCGGAAGAACAAGAAGAAGAGCGUGAGCAAUUCCCAACAAGUUAGCCUGGAGGCGAAGGCCGAAUGGGAACCGGAACGCUGGAGCGAACAGUUGAAUAAUAUCAGGGAGAUGAGGAAGGACAGGAAUGCGCCCGUGGACCACAUGGGAGCAGAACACUGCUUUGAUAAAACGGCUGCCCCCGAGGUUAUGAGAUAUCAGGUCCUUCUGUCGCUCAUGUUGUCCAGUCAGACCAAAGACCAAGUGACUUUUGCCGCGAUGAAACAACUGAGGGAACAUGGCUUGACUGUAGAAAAUAUUCUCAAGAUGGACGACAAGACACUGGGACAACUUAUCCAUCCAGUGGGAUUCUGGAGGAGCAAAGUAAGAUACAUCAAGCAGACCACGGCGAUCCUGAAGGAACGAUAUGGCGGCGACAUUCCCAACACCGUCAGUGAAUUGCUUCACCUGCCAGGAGUGGGACCAAAGAUGGCACAUCUCAUCAUGAAGUUAGCCUGGGACCAUGUGUCUGGCAUCUGUGUUGACACCCAUGUACACAGGAUCGCAAAUCGGCUGCAGUGGCUCGGAAAGGAGACCAAAACUCCUGAGAAAACCAGACUGGCACUGGAAGAAUGGAUGCCACGGGAACUGUGGAGUGAGACAAACUGGCUGCUGGUGGGAUUUGGUCAGCAGAUCUGCCUGCCAGUGAAUCCUCGCUGCUCUGGAUGCCUCAACAGAGAUAUCUGUCCCGCAGCCAAGAACAACCUCGGGAAAACAAAUCGCAGGCUCUCUCCCAACUCUCCGCAACAGCCGUGCCAAUAGCAGCAAUAAUUAAAUCCUUGUGUUUAAAAUGUUCAGCCCGGUAUAAAUUAUUCAGAGGAUGGGAGAUGUUUGUCCCAUAGUCAACUCAAACAAAACUGUGCCUGAUGUUGCUGAUGGAUUCCAGUCGCUGCCAGAACAUUGAAGACAAUUGAAUAAUGACGUUCACAAUGAGAGCAGCAUGCAGGACUUAAAGAGGCAUCCUUAGACUGACUGGGUUUCACAGCCUGGUAGAAAGAGUCUCACACUGACACAGCCAGACUUGUUUCUCACACUUAUCAGUCACUGCACAAUCCCUUACGAGGAAACCGACCAAUGAAAUACUGCUGAGCCAACUCUCUGCUUCACAGUUAAUGGGAUAAAUCGUUGUAACUUUUGUGAUUCGUUGCAUUAACUAAUGUUUAGUGAUUUACCCACGUAUAUUAACCAGUGCUUUGCAAAGGAGAAUUUCAACCAUCGCUCCAUGCACCAAAAAUAGAUACAAAGUGUUGGAGUAACUCAGCGGGUCAGGCAGCACCUCUGGAGAACAUGGUUAGGUUUCAGUCCGAAGAAGGGUCCCGGCCUGAAAUGUCACCUAUCCAUUUUCUCCAGAGACGCUGUUGGACCCACUGAGUUACUCCAGCAUUUUGUGUCUAUGGUGUAAACCGGUAUCUGCAGUUUUAUUAUUCAAUGCACCUAUUAAGCUUGUUUGGAAUACAUUUUUGUUUAAGUAUGCAGAAGUAUAAAUGUAAUGACGUUUGAUAGAGAUGUCUUUUGAGUUGUGAAUAAAACAUUUAGCAGUUUCUUCCA